AUGGCUGGAGGAGGUUAUAGUGGCUAUGCAGGUUUUGGAGGUUAUGGCGGGCCUACAGGUGGCUCUGGGGGAUAUAGUGGAUACUCUGGCUUCACAGGUGCUAACAAUAACGAGGUUGGCGGUGCUGGUGGGGGCGGAUUUUUAUCUCCUGGCUUUGGUGGAUCUCAAGGGGGGGAUUCUCCUAGUGGAGGUCGCGGCAAGCGAAGCGGAGGAGGAACUCAGGCUAUUCGCCCGGUCACCCUUAAGCAGCUACUCGAUGCUAAACAAACUUACAAUGAUGGGCCCUUUACCCUUGAUAAUGAGGAGGUUUCCCAGAUUACAUUCAUCGGACGUAUCAACAGCAUGAAUCAGCAGUCGACACAUACCAACUAUUUGAUUGAUGACGGAACAAGCACCAUGGAGGUUAAAAAAUGGCUGGACCAAAACGAUAGCGACUUCGAAACGGAACGCACAGAUUCGUUUAAUGAGGGGUCCUAUGUGCGGAUAACCGGCCACCUUCGCGUCUUCAACAGCAAGAGAAACAUUACGGCAUUUCACAUCCGCGCGGUCGAUUCUGCCGACGAGAUUGCUUUUCACAAUUUGCAAACCAUAUUUGUCCACCUAUAUCUUACGAAGGGCCCAUUGAGAACAAGCGACUCUUCCUCAAUGGGCAAUAUGCACCUCAAUGGUGUGCCAAAUCCUGCUUACGCACAGUCCUCAUAUGCACCUCAGCAAGUUAAUUACGCUAACGGGAUGCCGGUCACUGGGAGUGGAAGCGGAUACACGCCUUUGCACAACAGUAUCAUCGGAGUUGUCAAGCAAUAUCAGGCCACCCAAGAUGGCGCACCAAUUCAUGCAGUUGCUCAGAGGUUACGAGGAGCCGGAAGUGAGUCCGAGAUCAGGGAUGCUAUGCUAUGGCUUUGCAAUGAGGGCCAUUUGUACAGCACUGUGGAUGAAGAACAUUUCAAAACUACCACCGAUUCGUGAUUUUGAUCUUCUUUUCUGUUUCAUCACUCGGACCAAAACAUUGUCCAUAACUAGCUAGGGUAACCCCAUGUUGGUACACUCCAAAGUCGAUCACGAAUUAAAUGCUACCUAUCACGAGCUCCAUAAAUUGGUCGCGCGAUAUUGUUAUCCAGUUGUCCUGCGCAUUUCGUGCAUAAUCAAAAACUGCAUCUCAGAGAAGACAGCAUGCUCUAGUACCUUAUCCAUAUCAAUCUUCUGGAACAUGUCCAUAAUGAUCUUGAGUCUUGCCGCGCAUCGUAAGAAAUCAUCCCAUCCAAGUGGAUGUUCUACAUUAGGUCCAUUCUGCAUCAGCGCACGUCAGAGCACAUGUAUCUGAAAUGACGCGAUACCUUGUUGAUAUCCCUUUGUUAAGAGUGACGUUAGAGAGCGCUCUGGCGUGACAAUUCCGCAUUUCUUUAAGACAUUUCGAAGAUCCUUCCUG